GCCGAAGAGAUCGGCCUAGUGGUGAAAGCUGUCGUAUGCGACCUCUGGCCCAUCAAGAAAGAAGCACUAAAAAAAUUCACAGAUGGAAUCUACCUAAGAAGGCGAGAAGACGGCAGCAUCCAAAAAAUAAGAUUUAUUCACGAUCACGGGCAGCUCUUGCUUGGGUUCGGGCGAAAAAUGGACAAUAAUACUUUGGGCGAGCACUAUACCUAUGAUGUAUUCCGGAAAUUGAAGAAGAUAUUGAAGCCCAUGAAUGGUUUCUGGAUGCGGUUACCCUUCGCCCCAAACUUCAGAAGACCACGAACUAUUGAUAGUGCACGCAACUUUUUCAGCGAUGUAUUCCCCGCGAACCUGCAGGCAGCGAUAGACAGGGAUGAAUUCGAUGACGAGCUGGAAACGGCACAAAGCACUUGCCGCCUAAGCAGAAUGAUAACUCAGUUUGCAAACGUUGUGUACCGGGGCUCCAUAACCACCGACACAUGGACGCAUCUCAAAUCCGAAUUGCAAGAAUGCCGCGGCUACUUGGAGGAGCAUUUCAAGACAGAACAGGUAGCGAUCGAUACUCUGCUUAUGAUCCAAAACUUUGUCGAGCUAUCAGAGGAGCUACUGGAGGCUUACCCUAGCGUAAGUAUAGCGUCACGCAGGGUAAGCCAAAGCCCGUUGGAAAUGUUUUUCUCCAAAAUCGUAGAUGUUCUAUUAUGCCCCUAUAAAAGGUCGAACUCAUCAGUGCAAAUUGCUGCAAUAGUAGACAAAAUGAUGAGCUUCCAGCUUUCUAAGUGGAGAACCGGCUUCAGAACUGACGAUGACUUCUUCCUCAUCAAGGUAAUGAACUACAGAAUUAAAGUCCAGGUCGAAGAAGAGUUCGAACCGUUCGACCAGGAUGGCGUGCCGUUCGAAGACCUAAACAUACACCACAUUAAGAAUGACUUAUUUUUAAAAGUCGUACUAAAGCUGCUCACAAAAUAUGGCAUUGACGGCUAUAUCCGUAAGCAGCUAACAUGCCAAGACUGUUUAAGAGAUCUCACCCGAAAAAAAGUAGACAUUUGCGAAGAAGUGCACACCGUAUUCCAGGAAGCUUACACAAUUUACCAUUCAGUUAUGCAGGAACGUAUGGUGGAACAAAACAUUGGUAAGCGCAUUCAAGCAACGGUGGUAUCGCGGCUUGAUUUCUUCAGGGCGGCAGGCUCUUGCAACAACGGUAGUAGCCACCGCAUAAAUUUGUUGGGCCACAUUUUAUUUAUACUGCUCACAGGGAAAAACUUCACAGAUCCCCGCGGUCCAAAUAUUCAUUACUUGUAAAUUACACAACACUAUCAAGCAACAUACCGCCUACGAAAGAAUACAAAAGAUGCACAACGCCCAACAACAACAUGUAUAUAUAAAUAUAUAAAGCAAUGGUAAAUCAACAUCAAAGUAAAGAAUCAACCCGCUAACCCA